GCGGAACGUAACUUGCUGAGUUGCACUUGAACCGACACACACACAUAAACACACACACAUUACACACACAAAUAGAUAUAUAAACACACACACAACACCACACAAGGAUGGCCGCUCGGACUAUGCAUGUGGCUCGAUGCCCGACGGACGAACUGUCGCUGACCAACUGUGCCGUCAUCAACGAGAAGGAGCCACAGUUUGAGAAACAUGUGACUGUGCGCAAUUCAAACCACAAGUUUGUCUUCACCUUAAAGACGCAUCCCAGUGUGAACCUCGGGACCAUCGCCUUCAGUCUGCCACAGAGAAAAUGGGCGGGCCUAUCCAUCGGACAGGAAGUUGAAG